AUGGGGAAUUAUACCCUGGCUUUGCUCUUAGUCCUCAUUGUGAAUUUGGGUAGUUUGCUCACUUCUCUUGCUAACUCCUACUGUCCACCACCAACAUACCCUCCACACUUGCCACCCAAACAGCCUCCUCAUGUAAAGCCACCCUUCAUCCCUAAACCACCUAAACACCCACCUCAUCCCCCUCAUGUAAAGCCUCCCUCUGUUCCCAAACCACCAUCAAAACCACCUCUUCCUCCUCAUGUAAAACCUCCCUAUGUUCCCAAACCACCAUCAAAACCACCCCAUCCUCCUCAUGUAAAGCCUCCCUAUGUUCCCAAGCCACCAUCAAAACCACCCCAUCCCCCUCAUGUAAAGCCUCCCUAUGUUCCCAAGCCACCAUCAAAGCCACCUCAUCCUCAUCCACCCCAUGUACCCAAGCCACCCCAUGGCCCCAAACCCCCCAUUGUAUAUCCUCCCCAUAUACCAAAACCUCCUUCUGUCCCCAAACCACCUAUUGUGAGACCUCCCUUCAUCCCCAAGCCUCCUAUUGUCAAACCACCACCCCACCCCAAACCCCCAAUUGUGCACCCACCCUUUAUCCCCAAGCCCCCAAUCGUGCACCCACCCUUCAUCCCCAAGCCCCCAAUCGUGCACCCACCCUUUAUCCCUAAACCCCCAAUCGUGCACCCACCCUUUAUCCCUAAACCCCCAAUUGUGCACCCACCCUUCAUCCCCAAACCCCCAAUCGUGCACCCACCCGUCAUCCCCAAACCCCCAGUUGUGCAACCCCCACCACCGUAUGUACCCAAACCCCCAGUUGUACAACCCCCACCAUAUGUACCCAAGCCCCCAGUUGUACCACCAAGCCCACCAACACCAACACCUACCCCAGUUGUACCAGUUAAGCCACCACCAUCACCACCUGUUGUACCACCAAGCCCACCAACACCAACACCUACCCCAGUUGUACCAGUUAAGCCACCACCAUCACCACCUGUUGUUCCACCAAGCCCACCAACACCAACACCUACCCCAGUUGUACCAGUUAAGCCUCCUCCACCCACUGAGACACCAUGCCCUCCUCCACCACCAACACCAGUGCCGACCCCAUCACCACCACCAAAGAACACCUGUCCCAUUGACACUCUCAAGUUGGGAGCUUGUGUGGAUGUGUUGGGUGGCCUCAUUCACAUUGGAAUUGGCAGCAGUGCCAAGGAUGCAUGCUGUCCAGUGCUUCAAGGGCUGGUGGACUUGGAUGCUGCAAUUUGCCUUUGCACCACCAUCAAGGCUAAGCUUCUCAACAUCAACAUCAUCAUCCCCAUCGCUCUUCAGGUUCUGAUUGACUGUGGGAAAACUCCACCCUCUGGAUUCCAGUGCCCUGCAUAG